AAAAUGAACUGUAUGGGGUUGACUUGGAAUUGAAUGUAUUGGUAUAAACUUAUGGUUUUUCAUAUAGCUGAACAGAUGAUACAGAAAUUGCUAUAAUUAUGUGAAAACAAUAUAAUAGAAAUAGAUACAAACUUAUACACACCCUUAUGCAUAUAUGUUAAUAUAUUUCCUUGUUUUGUCCACUUACAGCUCAGACUUAAAAGUAGUACCAUUCCCUCAACAAUGGGUACCCAUUUCUUGGCUUCUCAAAAUCAUUCUCCACUAAUGGGAACCAGGACUCGCUGGAGAAAUGGCUGAUUCCAGAGCUGGGGCAAAGUAUAAGAUGAGACUGGAUCAUCUUUUUGUGCCAAAAACCCGGGAACCUCAGAAGCCCCUGCCAGGCCAGCUCUCCUCCUGCAGUGGCUCGCCCGACCGGAGGAUGAAGGUCCCCGUGGCCGCCGCCCCCUCCUCACUCCUCCUCCUCCUCCUCCCCCACCUCGCCACGGCCCUGUGGUACGAGACGGAGCUCUCUCCACGGGGACCUCACCACCCUGCCAACUGCUGCUUCACCUACGUUACCAGAGCAAUCCUGCGUCACCGGAUUAAAGAUUAUUAUGAGACCAGCAGCCGGUGUCCCAAGCCCGGAAUUAUCUUCAUCACCAUAAAGGGCUAUUCUGUCUGUGCCAACCCCAGUGAUAACUGGGUCCAGGAUUACAUCAGGACCUGGAGGGGAAAGGAGAAGCCCAGAAACAGUAGCGAGGGCAGAGCUGGAAAUCUGAGAGAAGAGGCUAAGAACCCGACUCAUCCCCAACUCCCAUGGGACACUACCCAGCCCUGAAUUAAAGGCCAUCCAUGCC